AUGGAAAAAAUUAGCGUAUGCUUAAGAAUACGACCACUCAAUCAAAAAGAAAUUAAUGACAACGAAAUAAUAGCUUGGGAUGCCAAUGACUCAAAAAUUUAACUCAAUAAAAUUUGCUUAAAGGAAUUGAUUGCUUAAAAAAAAGUAGUCAAUAGUUUGAUAUACGAAUUCAAUCAUUGCUAUGGACAACAAGCAGACAACUAUUAUUUGUUUUCAACUUCUGUCAAACAAGUAAUUAUGCAAUCUUUAGAUGGCAUUAAUGGGACUGUCAUUAUGUAUGGAUAGACAGGGUCAGGCAAAACUUUUACGAUGUUAGGAAAGAGGAAUUAGGAGAUGCUCCAAAACAACAAUAGCAACAUCUAAUAAUUAAUCAAAGAUAGUUUUGCUAAUAAUCAAUACAACGAUGUGGGAAUUUUGAUCUACUCAAUGAUGGAGCUUUUUAAACAGAUUAAUAUUGUAUAUGCUACUUCUAUAUCACUAGGAUGAAAAGAGAUAGUUUGAAAUUAAAUGUAGUUAUUAUGAAAUCUACAAUGAGUUUAUUUAUGAUCUGUUACGUGAAGAAAAUGAGUUAUCCGAACCCCUCAUUUUUGGAACUGAUUAUCGUAAGGUAUAUUAUCCCCUUAUUUAAAUAAGGAAUUUGUCAUCAAAAACAUCAAAGAAUUCAAUGUUACGUCCAUUGAAGAUGUGAUUGCGUGCAUUUCUAAGGGAGAAAAAAAUAGACAUUAUGCAGAAACCAUAUUGAAUCAUCAAAGCAGCAGAAGCCACACAAUCUUCAAAGUGCUCAUUAGUGCUUACUCCAAUGAGUCUGAAGAGGAGGAAAACUUUACUUUUUCAACUGAAGCAUGCAUCAACUUUAUUGAUUUAGCAGGAAGUGAAAAAAUAACAUCGAGUCCAAUUUCAGAUGAUAUUACUAGAAAUUCCAAUAGGAAAGAUCGAAAUAAAGAGAGCUCUGCAAUCAAUAAGAGUUUAUUCUUUUUAACAAGAGUUAUUGCAUUAAAAACAUAAAAAGUUCCACCUCAACACAUCCCCUAUCGUAAUUCAACGUUAACUAAAUUAUUAAAGUAUCUAAUCUAUUGUAUGUUCUUUAGAUCUUCACUCACAGGAAACUUCAAAACCUUGAUUCUAUUGAGUAUUAACCCUGGAUUGAGUUAGUAUGACUAAACACAAUCUACUCUUAGAUUUGGCACAAGUGCAAAGUUAGUUGAAUCUAAAAUUGAGUAGAAUGUCAAUUUCGAUGCUUCCUACUCUAAUAAUUAAUAAAAGUUAAAUUAGUUAAUCCAAAAAAACAAACAAAAUGAAAAGAUCAUUUAAGAUUAAUAAAAGAUUAUUGACUCAUUAAAAUAGUAAUUGUAAGCAUCAUAAAAUGGUUCAGAAAUCUUAACAAAUUUUAAAUAAUCAGAAGUUUAAUUAGUUUCAAAGCCAUCAGUAAGCCAAUUCAAUGAAACUGAUGUAUCUCUUUUGGAGAAAACCCAAGAAUUAAAUUCAUAAUUGCAACAAGAAAUGGAAAAGAAUGCGCUUUUAGAAAAGAAUUGUACAGAACUUCAUAAAAGAUUACAGAAAUCUAAUGAAUAGAUUCUUACAUAUUUCAAUUCCCAUAAAGAAAUGGAAUAAUAAAUCAAGGAAUUAAAACUGUAAAAUGAGAAAUUUGAAAAACUUUCUUAAAAUGCCCUAAAUAGACUUUCGUGCUAUGAAGGAUAACCAAAUUUCAAAAAAUUUAGUUUAGAAGAUCUUUAAAAUUUAGAACAUUAAAUAUAAUAAUGUUUAUAAGAAAUUAAGGUAAUUAAAUUUCUUAAAACCUAGAUAGAAAAAUAAAGAAGGAACUCAUUUUAAUAGUUGAAUAUAGAUGCAAUGCCAUUAUUUACUUAACCGACAGAGACUUUGAGAUCGGAUAGAAGUAGUGCUAGUUAAGAUUUUCGUAGAAUAGAGGAGUAAUUAAUAUAAUAAAAGUAGAGAAGACUCAUUGCCUAAAAGCUAUAAGAAAACUCCAAAAAAGGAUGUAAAGCAAUUGCAACCAAAAAAGCAGUAAUAAAGCUAUUUCAAGGCCACUUCUAAUAGAUUAUCGACGCUUUCUAAUAAUGAAAACAAAUCUCCUUUACUAAAAAAGCCAAAUUUGAGAGAUGCAAAAAAUUUCGCUAAAAAAAUUUAAGAUUAGAAAAGUAUUUAAGAAAUAAUAGCUAAUUUAGAUUAGAAACCGACUUAGGUUUAAGAGGAGUACAGAAGUAAAUCUAAUGAAAAUCAUUCCUAGUAGGGGACUUAGUAGCCGGAGCAAAGCAAAUUGAAAAAUGAUAUAUAAUCAUUGGCUGAUAGAUUAUAUUCUUUGUCAGAGAAGUUCUAGUUAAAUAGGGAAUCUAGAGUGAGUCAGAGUAGAAAAAGCACGAACAUAAAUAGAACCGAUAUAAUUUAUGAGACCGAAUCAGAGUGCUAGGAGACAGUAGGACAACAAUACAUAAAAGCAAUCGUUCAGCUAUGA